AUGAGCAACAGUCAUCCCCUCCGUCCCCUGGCCUCCGUGUCGGAGAUCGACCACAUCCACCUGCUGUCGGAGCAGCUGGGCGCGCUGGUGCUCGGAGAGGAGUACAGCGACGUGACGUUCAUCGUGGAGGGGAAGAGGUUCCCGGCGCACCGGGUCAUCCUGGCUGCUCGCUGUCACUACUUCAGGGCCCUGCUGUACGGUGGGAUGAAAGAGUCUCAACCGCAGGCGGAGGUGUGUUUAGAGGAGACUCGAGCCGAAGCGUUCUCCAUGCUGCUGAACUACCUGUACACGGGCCGGGCCAGCCUGAGUUCUGCACGGGAAGAGGUGCUGUUAGACUUCCUGGGUUUGGCUCACCGCUACGGCCUCCAGCCUCUGGAGGACUCCACCUGCGAGUUCCUCCGCACCGUCCUGCACACCAACAACAUCUGCCUGAUCUUCGACGUGGCCAGUCUGUACUCUCUGAGCACGCUCAGUGAAGCCUGCUGCUCCUACAUGGACAGACACGCGCCUGAAGUGUUGAAUUCUGAUGGUUUUCUCUCACUCUCAAAGACGGCUCUGCUGACGGUGGUCAGGCGGGACUCGUUCGCUGCCAGUGAGAAGGAAAUCUUCCAGGCCUUGUGUCGUUGGUGCCAGCAGCACGAGGACGGGGAGAAGACCCUGGAGGUGAUGUCAGUCGUGCGCCUGCCGCUCAUGACUCUGACAGAGAUGCUGAAUGUGGUGCGACCGUCCGGCCUCGUGAGCCCCGACGAUCUGCUGGAUGCUAUCAAGACCCGCUCAGAAAGCCGCAACAUGGACCUGAACUACCGUGGCAUGCUCAUUCCAGAGGAGAACAUCGCCACCAUGAAAUACGGAGCUCAGGUCGUCAAAGGCGAGCUGAAGUCUGCGCUGCUGGACGGAGACACCCAGAACUACGACCUGGAUCACGGCUUCUCCAGACACCCCAUCGAGGAGGACGGGCGGGCGGGGAUCCAGGUCAAACUGGGCCAGCCGUCAAUCAUCAACCACGUCCGCCUGCUGCUCUGGGACAGAGACAGUCGGUCUUACUCAUAUCACAUUGAGAUAUCGAUGGAUGAGCUGGACUGGGUCCGUGUUGUUGAUCACUCCAAGUUUCUGUGCCGCUCCUGGCAGAACCUUUACUUCACACCACGAGUUUGCAGGUACGUUCGUAUCGUUGGAACACACAACACGGUCAACAAGGUGUUUCACCUCGUGGCUUUUGAAUGCAUGUUCACCAACCGCUCGUUUACCCUGGAGAACGGCCUCGUGGUACCCAGCGAGAACGUGGCCACGAUUGCGUCCUGCGCCAGUGUCAUCGAGGGUGUGAGUCGGAGCAGGAAUGCUUUGCUCAACGGCGACACGCGCAACUACGACUGGGACUCUGGGUACACGUGUCACCAGCUGGGCUCCGGGGCCAUCGUCAUCCAGCUGGCUCAGCCCUACUCCAUCGGGUCUCUAAGGCUGUUGCUUUGGGACUGUGACGAGCGCUCCUACAGUUAUUACAUCGAAGUUUCCACCAACCAGCAGCUGUGGACGAAGGUGGUCGAUCGCACCAGGGUGUCAUGUCGAUCAUGGCAGACACUGAAGUUUGAAAACCAGCCAGCUUCCUUCAUCCGAAUUGUUGGGACUCACAACACAGCGAAUGAGGUGUUCCACUGUGUUCACUUCGAAUGUCCGGCCCAGGUGGACACCGAGGUCAUCGAAGGCAGCCCGGGGUUGGACUCGUCUGAUUCGGGGGCUGCUAACCUGCAGCAGCGGCCCCAGCGGCCGUCGCGCUCGCACAGCCUGCAGCCCAGCCAGCAGUCCUCCUCAUCCUCAUCAGCCUUCUCCUACUCUCACUAGGAG